AUGAAGAAAGUUGUAGCAUUUGCUAAUUCUUCCGCAAAGCGACAUGCCGUUUUUAAGGACGUGCUAGGUGGAAAGUCACUACAAAGUAUUUGCGAGACGCGUUGGGUAGAGAGGCAUGAUGGGCAUCUACAAUUUCAGGGAGAUACACUAGUGAAGAUAUGUGACGUUCUUGAACACAUUGCAUCAUGGAGAGAUAGCAAAUCCGCAUCAGACGCUCAAUGCCUGAAAUAUGCUCUACGCUCCCCAGAGUUCAUCAUCACCACCACGUGCCUGAAUGAUGUGUUAGGUACAACUGUGUCAUUGAGCCGUUACCUUCAAACAUCGUCUUUAGACCUAAAAAAGGCAACUGACGCAUUGAAGGAUACGAUGUCCGUUCUCGAAAAGAAGAGACAGGAAGUUGACCCUGUUUUCCAGCAGUUGUUUUCUGAAGCACAGAAGAUUGCUGAACAAAUGGACGUUGAGCUAAAAAUACCGCGGACCGCCAGUCGACAAAGACAUCGGGAAAACUACCCAGCUGAGAUCGUUGAAGAGUACUUCCGAAGGGCAGUAUUCAUUUCCCUAUUAGACAGCGUUAGUUCCGACUUGAAAGACAGGCUCUCUCCAGAUGUCAUGGGGCUGUUCAAUUUGAAAGUGGCUAAACGAUAUGAAGGUCUCUGGGGUGUUCCUGCUUCUACCGUCGUAGCCGAGUUUACAAUGUGGGUGGCAAAAUGGGAACGUAUGGUUCAAGAUGGCCUGAAAAUUCCGGAUUCUCUGAUAGAAGUCAUUCAGGCUUGUGAUGUUGACCUUUACCCAUGUAUUCAGAUGCUGCUCAAAAUUCUUGCAACUCUGCCCGUAAGUGCGGCAACCGCUGAGCGAAGCUUUUCAACCCUGCGCCUGCUCAAAACUUGGCUGAGAUCAACUAUGGAGGAGGAACGGCUCACUGGUCUAGCUUUGCUCCAUAUUCACCGCCAGAUUCAGCUUGACGUCGACAAAAUUAUUACCACUUUUGGGAAAAGCUCCAGAAGACGAGCUGAAUUUGUAAUAUAA